GCAAAUCUGCGCGAGCGAAUGCUUAUAACGGUUAGGUGCCCACUUAGAGAGACGACGCAGGCAAUACAAAACAUGAACCUCGGCGCACGUCAGCUGCGUAAUUACAAAGUCCUUGCUCGCCAGCGCGCGCAGGGAGCGCGCGUCCGAACAACAAAGAGCCAACUUUUGCUCUCUCGCGUCUGGGAGUGGAGUGACGCACGCGCGUUGGGCAUGUAAGGGGGCAGCUCCGCUGAUGUUGGGAGGUGGAGCUCGCUCUGCUCCUAAUUCGGGUCGCCAAUAAAAAGCCUCCAGCUGCGGUCUCUUGCUCGCAUCCGCCCUUCCGAGCUCCCGAUGCGCUGCGCUCACUUCGGUUGUCCGUGUUGCUGUAAUCUUUUUUUUUGGUAUUUGCAGUGUGGAGAGAAUUUUUUUUUUAAAAAAAAAAGAGCGUCUCGUCAUCUCUCGACAUUGGCCCCCGGUGUUACGCGAGAUUUUUUGUUUGUUUGUUAGGCUUUUAGUUGUUAUUUUUUUGCUCACAUUUGUCCGACCACUUUUGGAGUCGUCUCAAAAUGUCCAACGGGGUUGACGCCAACGAGCCUUCCAUCGAGCUGUUUGUGAAGGCUGGAAGUGAUGGAGAGACAAUUGGAAACUGUCCCCUGUGCCAGAGGAUCUUCAUGGUGCUCUGGCUCAAGGGGGUUACCUUCAACGUCACCACGGUCGACAUGACAAAGAAGCCGGCGAUCCUGCGCUCCCUGGCCCCUGGAUCCCAGCCUCCCUUCCUGACCUUCAACGGGGACGUCCGCACCGACUUCAUCAAGAUCGAGGAGUUCCUGGAGGAGACCCUCUGCCCCCCGAGGUACCCAAGCCUGGGCGUCAAAUAUCAGUCGUCCUACAAGGCAGGGGCUGAUGUGUUCUCCAGGUUCUCGGCGUACAUCAAAAACUCCAGCGCCACGGACAACGGCUCCGACAACUACCUGAUGAAGAACCUCCUGAAGGCGCUGAAGCGGCUCGACGAUUACUUGAAGGAGCCGCUGCCAUACGAGGAAAACAGCAGCGAUGUGACUGAGCGGAAGUUCCUGGACGGGAACCAGCUGACGCUCGCCGACUGCGACCUCCUGCCCAAACUCCACAUCGUCAAGGUGGUGUGCAAGCGCUACAGAGGCUUUGACAUUCCGGAGCAGCUGAUGGGCAUCUGGCACUACCUGAAGAACGCGUACGCCCAGGACGAGUUCAUGCGCACCUGCCCGGCGGACCGCGAGAUUGAGCUCGCUUACGCUGAGGUGUGCCGAAGGAAGUGAGGCGAGGGCCCUGUCCAGAGGCUAAACCCCAACACCGCCCUCACCCCCCCCCUCCACUGCCGCACAGCCUUCAAAGCACUUGGGAUUGACACCAGUCCUGGCAUUCCCAGCAUCGUCCUCUAUUUUGAGGUGCACCGUCUUAGGGAAGUCUUCCCGGAAUAUGAAAAGUCCCUGCUUUUUUGUAAGUUGUGUAAAAAUUAUAAUAACAAUACUACUACUACUACUACACCACCGAAGACAAUGCAUUUACACGUCAUAUUGGAGUUCUCACAUCGUCCGGUAUUGUGAUACAUUCUUCUGCUGCCCAUGACAUGCAAGUGGUGGCAACCGCGCCCAGCGCUAGUGUCCCAUCUGGGGCGAGUGCUUCUCGCAAGCCGUGGAUAGUAAAGGCAAACUUGCAUCCCUUUCUAUGUCAGCGGCUUGGAGGGUUCAGCAGAGUUAAAUUUGGUAUCCCCCCCCCCCCCCCCCCGCUAAUGCCCGUUGCUGAAGAUGAUGGUCUGUGUUGUCUCUUGCUUAGCACCGGCUGUAGCUGUGGGAAUCGAAGCAGACCUUAAAGAUCGCAAACAGUAUUUUUCCUGAAAAAUGACUUUCAAACGUUCUCUUUUAAUAUAAGCUUUAACAUUAAUCACCUGUACAUAUGUUAUAUCUCCUACACAUAUAAAUUAUAUAGAUAUAUAUCGUGCUUACAAGAUUAGUUUUAAUGCAUCUUUUUACACAAAUACGUUAAUGGUCAUAAGGAGAAUCUGAGCUUGUGUAAUGUGCAUUCGGAAUGACUGCAUUAUUAGUUCUAGCACUAAUAAAUAAAUACAUUAUAAAUGUUCAUGUGACAUCAUUGAUUUUGUACAUCUAAUUAUUUGAUUGUAAUUCAGUAGUUGGCAAAAAACUACUUUGUAUCUAUUGAGGUACGGCAAAUUAAUGUCCAUACAGAUUCCAGGUAUGACCUUGCAUUCUUUAGGGAUGCACAGCAAAUCCGAUUAGGUAACAGUAAUGAACUCAUUCCAGGUUUAGAAUGAAGAUUCCUCUACCAGACAAAGGCAAGACCUUCAAUAAUCUACACCGUGCAAUCGCCUUAUCGGCUUCAACAAUUGAAACGUGUAAUUUGCUUAAUUACUUACUAAAUGGAGGAACUUGCAAAAACUACACCAACUCUCUCCUGAAGCCCUCUCGUGGCCAACAGACCUCGACAUUGGCAUUAAGCUCUUGAACAUAUUGCCACACGCAAAAAUAGAAUAGAAUUUACUUAUUUAUGAAAGUAAGUGAAACAUAUGUGUUUGGGGCAUCGCAUAAGCGCAUAUUCCUGUCAUGUGUUACGAGUAAUAUUAUUGUACAGUUUAAUUAUUUUAAAAAGCUUUAUGGAAAAACACUCCUCAAGUGCUAAAGACUGUUUAACAUCACCUUAUAAAAUGUCAUACUCUGGAAAUGAUAUCUUCAACCAGUUAUAGAUGCCUCACAUGCAUGCAGAUAGAUACUUUCUAGUCUAUUGAUAUCGAUAAUGGUUAAAUUGGUAAUUAAUGGUAAAACAAAACAAAUUCAUAUCACCACAUGUGUGACGUCCUUAUACUUAUUUUUUCAGAAGUGCUCACACACUCAAAACUUUGUAUUACAAUACUGCUCUUCACAACUAUCUUCAAAUAAGACUUGCAACAAUGAAACAUCAAGGUGUGAUUCACAAUUGGUUUUUGGGCCAAAGUGUGUCACACUCGCGCAAUCUGACCUACACAUCUGUGAUGAAUCGAACAUUACUCACAGAAGUUUGUAUCUUAAACGAAACACGGCCGUUGAUGGUAAUGUUAUUGAGUCCUCGCUUAUUUUAAACGAAACACGGCCGUUGAUGGUAAUGUUAUUGAGUCCUCGCUUAUCUUAAACGAAACACGGCCGUUGAUGGCAAUGCUAUUGAGUCCUCGCUUAUUUUUUUUUCUUGUUAAGUCUUGGAUGUGUGUUUAUUAUACGCUUAACUAAGAGGUGUCUUUGUUUUGAUGGCUCUUUUUUCUAUGUUACCUAGUUCGUUAUCAAAUGUCACAGCAAGACUACAAUUGAAUGUUUUCCUUUGUAGCACAUUAGGGGCCAUGGCACAUUUGUACACCAAGCCAUAAAUAAGUGGAGGCUCCAAAGUGGUGGUUAAAGAACUCCUCUUAUCCGUGAUCAGACGUGGUCGACGAAUGUUGCGGAUCCUUUUAUCCGCUGAGUCAUCUGCGACUUUACUCCAUGAAUGAUGAGUUUUCGUGGACCCGAGAGUCCCGUGAAUAAUAGGAGUUGCGGACAAUAUAGUCGCGGCUACUAGUUCUGUAAAUGUAAUGGUCCUACUAAAGCAAUUACAAGAGUUUUGAGUUCAGUCCGUUCAUUCCUAAAAAUUUUAAAGAAAAAAAAAUGUCAUAUGCUCAGGAGCACAUGCAGUAAAUUGAUGCGCUCAUCAGAAACUAUACCAACUCUACAGGGUGAUUAACAUAGUCCGCAUACAUACACCUUUGGGGAAAAAAAAUCUUAACUUCUUGAAAAUGCUUGCACUCCACACAACCUUUGUGUAAAGUGCAAGCAAAAGCUGCCAUCGUGGAAUCGACCAGUGGCUGCCAGCCUGUGGUCUGCGGACCACAGAAGAUCUCCGAGGCCAUGGGAGGCGUUACCCGGAACUGUUGCCGAUACGGUGUUUGGGAGUCAUUUUGUUGUUGGUGAGCAGUGGGUCCGCAAACACAUGUUUUUGAGGAUUGACAGUGGUGGCGCUCGCGUCUAGGAGGGUUGGGAAUGGACUAAUCGCAUCGAUCCACGUGAAUUUCUGCUUGUGUUUUUCUCUCUGGAACACCGCGCAACCCUUUAUUUCUCGGGGGAAAGCAUGCAUUCGGGGGAAAGCAUGCAUUGGAGGGCCUUGUUCUCUUUCGGUCAUAUUCAUGAGACGUCUUUCAAGAAUGCACAGGCACAAACCAAAAUGAGAACGUUUGCCACGAUCAGUGUGAUUUCAUUGAUUUCAGGUGUCGUUAAAGGUGUCCUCUUGAACUAAUCGGCGACAAUCUGAACUGCAUUUCUGAACACAUUCAAUCAGCCUCGGGACAAAUCACCCAGCGCACGUGCCCAAUCUCAUCCUAUCUCAGAAGUAUAAGCAGGAUUGAGCCUGGAUAGUGCUUGGAUGGUUGACCACCACACAUUACAAAAAUAUGGUGUGGGUUGUUGUCAGCAGAGGGCAGUACAGAAAAAUCCAUGGUAUUGUGCUAUCCUCACAACGUCUCUCCUCUCCUACUGCACCAACCCGAGCUGACCAGCAUGGCAAAGUAUGGUAAAAAAUAACCCUAACGUUACAUAUGACAUAUGGGGACUAUGUACACAGACAAAAAAAUUUAGUCUUCGAAAAAUGGCUCAGAAGUGGUUGUACAUCAGUGUCAGAUCGUUAUACUUUUUUUAUUAAAACCUUUCACCUGGAUGAUCCCUUGAGAUGGAAUAUCUCGUUUGCAAAGGUGCCCAUGGUGUCAAAUGACACAUAUAUAGCAAACAAGUAGACACGUAAUAUAUACCUUAAGCAGAGUACAUCCACCCACCUCACACUGCCCCCGUAUUAAAAUUAUAUUUCAUUUUCUAUUUAUUUAUUUUUUAUAUAACAUUGACUUCACAAAUGGGCUUUACACAAAAUGCUUCUCAGCUGCCAAUGAUAUCUCUCCCUCCAGGUGUUCCUUUACUCGAGGAAAGGUUGUGUUUGUGCAAAGCCAUUGGAACUGAAAGGUCCAUUGAUCACACUGAAGUCUAUUAAUCAUCACGGUUUGUUAUUAAUGUUUUAUUUAAUGUUUCUAUUCGCACUUUUAAAAUUAAACGAUAAGAUGUUUUAUUAUUAUUCGUAAGAGAAUGGCCGGUUUACCGUCCAGUUUACGUGAGCUCAGCAGUGAUGUAACAGCAACUCUAACAGUUGAUUUAUACUUUACAGUUAAUGUCCAUGCAUAUAUUACAAUUACACAAAGUUGUUACGUCAUCUGUCAGGCCUGUGCAAAUUGGGACUCGUAAAAGCGUGCCAUGGUUAAUGCAUGUAGUCUCUGAGGAAAAAAUAUAUAAAGUUCAUCAACCUUCACUAUGCUCACGGACUGUCGCUUAGUUUUCAGAAAUUUCUUGCACGUUUUCAGAAAUGACCUGGUUUUACAUAAUGGUAGAAGAAUGCUGCCCUGGUCUAAUGGUUAGGAGCCCACCGUGUGUACGUAUGUAUGUUGAACUUCUUUCGCACCUGUAGAUAGCCAACCAUGCUAAUCGGAUGUGCCGGGAGGAUGGGUCAACUAACCACGCUGGACUUGCAACCCAAAGAUCGCCGGUUCGAUUUGAUCCCCCGGCAAGGCAGUUGAAACGACAGAGACAUUUUCUUAAAUCCCACCCCCCACAGCCUCUGUCCAACACCCAUCAGUAUAAAUGAAUGGGCAGAUCUUUUAUGGUAGGGUCAAGCGUGUGGGUGCUCCCACCUCUUCCUAGGUGUCUGGCCAGCGUAGAAGGGUAGGCCACACAUCGUGACGUUCCCACGACGAGGGAGAUGCCCUUUCUACCAGCAGUGACAUGACCCAAGACAUUGCAGGGCUGCACCUUUAUACAAAGCACGCGUGGUUCUGCUUGGUCCUUUUCCCCACAUGACCGAGGGGGGGAAAAGGUUUGCAUUUGGCAUACAAACUGAACACAAUAAUUAAUUUGAGGCAGUAGUUCUCACGGAAUGGUAAUAGCCAGGUUGUGUUUGCGUGGUUUCAUUGUUGUGUCCUUGUGUGCUAAAUGUAAAUAUAGAUUUUCACGUACAUAUUCUUAUUUUGUGAAAUUUUUUAUUGAGUGUGUAUAAUGUAUACCAGGGCUGAAAGUAAGACCGCAUUGUAAUGCGAUGACAACAGGAGAAAGAAAGCUAUGAUUUUUGAAGUUGCGUAACAACAUUAAGAGUUCUACUAACGUAACUGUAAUUUCUUGGUAAUGCUACGGGUUUAUUUCACCAUUUGCUCAAUAAACAUAAUCAAAGCAUUCGAUGACAUUGCA